AACAACAUUUUGCAUAUACGAGGUGAUUUCAAGAUAGCUCACUUAACAGAGACACGUGUUUAGGUCUCAAAGGUGACCAGAAAGUAAUUUAACAUCGUAAAGUAUCAUUAAGAAAAAAAAAAAAAAAAAAAACCUAAUCUCGUGCAUAAAGUUUAUUUAUUUAUUUAUUCUUUUUUAUGCUCCAACCGCGUUAAGCUAACCAGUAAACGUUAAAUCAUAAACAUACCCGAACGAUCACAGAAACCCUACGGAAACCACCACAUCUGCACAAAUAAUCAGAUCCGCUUGAUCGAAUCGGUACUUUUCGUUUCCAUCGAAGUUGUUCAAGCAGACAUCUGAUUUUGAUUUGAUCCCCGAUCUCUUCGGCUGACACGAAUCAAGGUUUUAAUCGGGUUCCUCAGUUAACGCUUAACACAACCUCAUAAAUUCUAUCGUUCAAUGGCGUCCAGUUCAAACAGAGGUGGCGGCUACUAUGGUGCUGCUCCAUAUAGAUCAAGAGAUGGGCUUAGCACCAGACAAGGAACCGGUUCUGAUGAAAUCCAACUGCGCAUUGAUCCAAUGCAUGGUGAUCUGGAUGAUGAGAUCAGUGGCCUCCGAAAGCAAGUUAGGCAGUUAAGGAAUGUAGCAUCAGAGAUCGAAACGGAGGCCAAAUUUCAGAAUGAGUUUAUUAAUCAGCUGCAAAUGACACUUAUAAAAGCUCAAGCAGGAGUGAAGAACAACAUGAGGAGACUAAACAAGAGCAUCGUCCAGUCUGGUUCAAGUCAUGUUCUGCAUGUGGUCUUAUUUGCCCUAUUUUGUCUCUUCCUGGUUUACUUGUGGUCCAAGUUUUCAAGAAGAUGAGGUGACAGGGAUUAAAAGAAAUUUGUGGUUCCCAAAAAAAAAAAAAAAAAAAGUUUGAGUGAAGAGAAAUGGUUUGUCAUAUGCUACCUUAAAACUGAAGACAGUGUGUUUCUUUGCAUGUAAAGAUUUAGAACAAUUAACAAAGUGAAACUUCUUCCUUUAUAAUAAA